CCGUCUACACAUGCGACCCUUGCCCCCGUGCCUGGGUGGUGGGUGGGUGGUGUCUAUCAUCCCCCGUCUGUCUCCUGCCACCGUCAAAGUCACCCCUCCUCUCUCGGGCAUCGUAGCACCACACAAGUCGCUCGCUAACAAGAUGGCCCCGCACUCACAGAUAGACGUGUCGAGUGGCCGUGAUGGCCUGUCGGCACCGGGGACACAGCCGCUGGGCCACUGGCUUGGACAUCAAGACCGCAGCACACACACCGCACAGACAGAAGUGGCGCUGUAAACACACACACACACACACACACACAUACGUGGGCAGCGCAUGGCUGAGAGGGACAGGUGAGUCGUUGUGCCUGUGGGUUGGCUUACACAGGGGAUGAGUACGAUGGACUUCUUCUCAGCCAUGCAGAUGUCACACUCAGUGCUCUCCUCGAGUCUGCAGCAAACAAGACAACCACAGCAGCAGUGACUGCGGUUGCCCAUUUGUGUGUGUGGGUCAGGUGUUGGUUGGGCCUACCUGUCCUUUUCGCGCUUGAUGUCCUCUUUUUCUCUAAGUAUGGCCUCGUUUGUCCUCUGCAUGGCCUCCUUCUCCAGCCGCAUGGCCUCGAGCUGCUGGCGCAUCAACUGCAACUCACUCACCUCACCACCACACCUGCAGGCAGACACGCACGCAGGCACAGUGACUGUUGUCUGUCAGUCUCGAUUCUUCAGCUGCUCUGUCCAUUGAUGUGUGCGUACCUGUCGUGACCACUGCGGCCCUCCACCUCCACCGCCGUCUGCAAACUGCUACUGCUACUGCCCCCGGCUGCCAAUGGGGGGAGGCCAGUAUGGCCACAGCCAAGACGGCUACUGGAUGGUGCUGGUGUGGGUGUGGGUGUGGGUCUGUGUCGGCUGGGAGGCUGUGGGGGCGGGGCGGCCGGGCGGGGCGGCAGAGGGAAGGGCACGGCUGGCGCGUUGUGGGGGCCGCCACACACUGACGAGUUCGAUGAUGAGGGCCGCGUCGACUCGGACGAAGACGAAGACGGGAAGACUCCCGAGCUGAACACACAGGCACACCGGAGUAGUCAGUGCUCAGUGUUGUGGAGUGCUUUGCUGGGUCUUACUUGUCAUCUCGUUUGUCAGCCGUGUUGGUCUGCUGCUGCUGCUGUGUGUGGCCGCCAGUGUCUUUGCCGCCCCUCUUUUUCCGGCCGACGGUGAUGAAGCCGCCGCCAUCAUCGCCACCACCACCCGCCCCUUGCUGCUGCCCCCUGCCGCCCCCCACCGACACAGAGGUUCCGCCGGCAGCUGACGAUGAGUAUGAGCAUGAUGGUCGGGGAGGGGAGGGGGGCGACGGGCUGGGGGGACCUGGAGGGCCAUGAUGGUCUUCGGCGUCCUCCUCCUGGUGGUCGGUGCGGUCUUCGGAUGUGCCAAUGGCGGCAGCACUGUCCGCAGACAUCCAUGCGCAUCAAUCAUCAAUCAGCUGAGUAAGAUGAGGACCCAAUUGGUCUGUUCUGUCACCUGGAUGAUGAUGUCGUCUCGGUGCUGUUGUCCCCCCUGCCGCCCCUCUUGCCGCCUUUCGACUUCUUGCCGCCCUUGGUGCUGCUAGUGGUGCUACCUGGUGCUAGUGGUGCUACUUCGGCCAGCAGCUGUGCGUCGGCCCACUCCUUGGCCGCACUCUCUAUCUCGUCAAACAAAUCCAACAACUGGCGCUCAACACAUGCAAUGAUAUGGAUACGGCCCGUGUGAGCGUCACGUGUGCAUAACUUCCCACCUCCUUGGGCGCUGUCAGUUGCUGCUGCUGCUGCUGCUGCCGCUGGUGUCCCUUACGUCGUCCAUUCGGCUGCCGGACAGCGGCCGCCCGCAUCGCCUUGACGGCCUCGUGCUGUAAAAUGGCUCGUGUGACGCCAUUGGGCCGGAACUUGCCCCCUCGGCUGCUCACUCGAUCACCAUAGCUGCACCGACAAGACAUCCACAACACACGCAGGAAUACCCACCAUCCUCAACCAAGACGCCAAUUGCCCACUGCAGGCGUGUGUGUGUGUGUGUGUGUAGACCUGACGAGUGCCUGAAGGGUUCUGACGGCGAAGUCUAUAAAGCCGUCCACCAUGUGGUGGUCGAUCUGACCGUUCUUGAUGCAGGCGAUGGCCACGUCACACAGCGCUCCUGGAAGGCCGUCACGCACAGCGAUCUGAAAAUGGGCAACACACAAUGGCCAUGGCCGCAUCCAUCCAUCCAUCCGUCCGUGCUGACCUUGGCGCGCACGUCGGUGAGGUCUGUGUCGCGUCCGACGAUGUUCUGAAGACUCGCCGCACAGUAGCCACCUCGUCAACUGACUCCUUGUCGAGGCGCUUGGCGAUAUCCGACGCCAUCGAUAUGCAUCCGGAAGAGUAGACGGCAUCACGAUGGCCACACACUGCCACAAUGCACACAUUAGCGCAACACACCCACAAGGACACAGUGAUGUAACACUUCCCUCCCACGCAGCCUCCCUCGUGUCAUUCGCUCACCGGCCAGCAUCUGCGGGACAGCCAGGGGCAACGUGGUAGUCGUAAUUUUAGAAACAAGAGUAGUGGCGAGGCUCUUGACGGCCGUGACGUAUGCCUGCAGGGCCUUGGGCGCUCUCAUCAAACGUUGGACGGGCCCAUCCGGCAAAGUAGCAAAGUAAGCAGUACCUGCCCAGACGCACACACACAAGCAGCCAGCAAUCGAUGCGAUGCCACACCCCCACACACGGAUGGAGCCUGUCUGUCCGUCCGUCCGUCCGUCGACCUAUCUCUUUGGCAUAUAUUGCGAAAACGGAGCAGCAGUCGAAGAUGUACACGCAGCAGGUGGUGGCCCCGUCUCGCACAACGUCGUCUGCGUCAGGGGACGUCAGCAGGCCGCAAAACGUGUCGACGAACGGGAAGAUGUCUUGUCGCAUCGCAGCCAGAUACGCAGCACGGUCAUCUUCCGACCCUGAAAGGAGGCGCACGACGGCCAGUCAGUGACAUCAACCACAUUGUUCAGUGAAGAUCUGCCUUGUUUGGCUCCGUACCGCUUUUGGCCACGUAUUGUAUGUUGGAACAGAGCAACGUGCCGACAUAAUGCACACCCACGGCGCGCCUAAAAAGUGAAGAACAAGUGCAAAAACAACAACAUCCUGCACAUGCAGCAAGCCACUCACAUCUUGUCUCGCGUUUCCGCCUUCCGACUUGUGAGGCACUCCACCAGCGCGCGAAACACUCCCACACAGACACAGACGGGCAUGACUGUGGGUGGGAAAGGCGGGCCGUCUAUCGGGACCGUAUCGAACACUGUCCUGAUGAAGGCCAGCGCCGUCCUGCCGCAAGGAUGAUCCUCUGCUAUCUUGGCCACCAUCGAGAGGGCCUUGUCGAGGAUGGCGGGGCAGUGCUUGAUCAGAUGGUCUCGUGUGUCGACCGCGUUGCCCUCUUGUCGGCCCAGGACCAUGGCGCCCGCCAGCAGGGUGAAUGCGCUCAUUUCCAGCCGAAAAGCAGUGGUCUGGGUCAGCACGGACGCCAGCAUGCUGAUGAAUGUUCGCGGCGAUCCAGCGAUGGGGAUGAGAUAACCAGCAACUUCCCAGGCGCUGUCCCUGGCGUCGGCCUUCCGCUGGCACAGGAACCACAGCACGCUGGCCGCCAUCCCCUGGCGGGCCGGGUUGCCGCCAUCUGUGAAUGCGUGAUAGGCGCGCCUCAGCAAACGCUGGUUGAGGAGCUUCUUGCCCAGGGCCUCCCAACUUCCUCCAGGACCUCCGCUCAGAAAAGCGUCCGUGGCAUUCGCCCCCACCACCUUCAGGCUACUGUCGAAGGCAUCAUCUGGCAGCUCCUCCGGCGACGAGAGGAGAGCGAUGGCCGCGUCGAAGCCGGAGGGACGAGAGUUUCCCAAGCUGGUCAUGACUCAGACGCCCCGGCGUAGAUCAGGGCUAAUCUAUGUCGUCAGGAGGCUGGCCCGACAACACGCGCUGCCACACGGUGGGCAACCGACGCCAAACGGACGAGAGGAUGAGUAGACCAGCACCUACAACGAGCAGCACGUAUGGCGCUUGUCGAUGGUUCUUUUCGUGCCUUUUUCAUCUCUCACCCUCGGAAGUGAUAUACAGGACCUCUGGGCGUUACUAAUAGGCUGCCACCUCUGUCGCG